CACCUUCCUGCCACAGUAAAUACCUUGUUUGUGUGAACGCAAUACAUUGCGAAUAAAACAAAUUCUGAUGUAGAAGAUGGCACACAGAUGGUUUAUAUGAUUGUCCCCCAGGUCCAAACUGAGUCUGACAGACCGCUACCGGCUGCACCUCUCUGCUGCCGAUCUUCUCUUUGUGCUGACACUCCCGUUAGUGGCAGCGGAUGCCGCGCUAACGGACUGGCAUUUCGGAUUAGGCACCUGUGUGGCCGUGCAUGUCAUCUACAUGGUGAACCUGUAUGGGAGUGUGUUCAUCCUGGCCUUCAUGUCUGGACCGCUACCUAGCAGUGGUCAAAGCAACAGACGCGCACAACUCAGGCAUGAGACAGCUACUGGCACGGAGACUGGUGUUGGUAGGAGCCUGGUUGCCUGCGGCUUUCUUGGCAGUGUCAGACAUAGUGUUUGCCAGGACUCAGGAAGCGGGAGAUGGGGUGAUGGUGUGCCAGCGCUUAUACCCAGCUGACGACGCUCCUGUCUUGGUGUUGGUGGGCUUGGAGGUACCGGGCCUAGUUUUGCUGGUGUGUAACUGUGUCAUCGUGUCCAGGCUGACCUUGUCCAGCGGCCCUCUGGGGGUGCAGGGACAGAAGUACAGAGCUGAGUUGGUCCUCUGCUUCUUCCUGUGUUGGCUCCCUUAUGGUGCUGGCAUCACUGUGGAUGCCCUCAUGCGCCUACAGGUCCUUCCCAGGGGCUGCAGUCUGGACGUGGUGCUGGGUGUGUGGCUGGCGGUGGCUGAACCAAUGGCAUUUGACGACUGCUGUCUAAACCCACUGCUGUAUGCCUUCCUGGGGGUGGACUUCAAGAGCUCCACCAGACGGGCGUUGACACACUGUCGCGUCGUCUGCAGUCUGAAGAUUCCACCUCCUAGACGCCCAGGAACCUCUACGAGCACAGCAUCUGAGUCAUAUAGUCUACACUCCAGCAAACAGAAUAUGGGUGUGGAUGUAGGUGUGGGUUGGAUGAGGGUGUAGAUGCUUUGUCCUGUAUAUGACUAGAGGGUAGUCUGCUGAUCCAUGACUUUGUCCCUUGUCUGAAAGAUAAACUUUUCUGUAAAUAUGGUUUGUUGGUCACUGUUGUUUUUAAGUUUGUUUAUAUACAAUAACAUUUCAAUUAAAUGUUCUCACUUUUUGUGUUACUCUUCCUGUCUCUC